AUGAACCAAAAGAACAAAAAAAAAACGAAACCCCCCAUAAACCUAGCCGCGCUGGAAGACAAGAUAAACAUCCUCAAUUUUAUGAAGGAUGACUUUGAAAAAAUUCUCGACAAAGAAAAUGAAAUUGAUGGCAUAGUCACCGAGCAGCACAGCAGCAAGGAGGAAAAAACUUUAAAUGAAAAGGAAAAAAUCGACAUCAUUUUAAGCGAACUGGUGCUGUCCUGUGAGGAAAAGAAAAAUCAGUUAAAUAAAUAUAUAAAGACUGCCAACGAAAUAAUCAGCCAAAAUAGUGACAUAAUUGAAAAAGAAAAGGAGGAAAUUAUAAAUUUAGUUUUGGGAAAAAAUCAAGAGAUAAAUUCUAUGCAACAAAAAAUUGACUUGGCAAAGAGCUUCUACAACGAUGUAAAUAGCGCACUGGUGCAACUUUUUAACAACUUGGAUUUAUUUUUAAAAAAUAAAAUAAACGUAGAAUUAAAUAUUCACUAUCUGCAGAAAAUCUCAAAGACGGAAGGAAAAAUGGGCAAUAAGCCCACGGGGGAGGAUACACAACACCGUGACGAACAUGUAAGGGGGCAUAAAAGGCAGAACGAAGAGAAGGACCAAUUUUUACAGCAAUUAUAUCACUCCAUGGAUGAAUAUGAAAAAAAAAUAUGCAGCAUUAAAUCCUUUAUGCAGGAAAAUGAAUUAUAUAACCUAUCAGAAAUGUUAUUAACUGGAAAGAUAAGAGAUGCUAGGCUACCUGCACAACUUCCGCACAUCCCUCAAAGUGACGAGAAAAAUAUGAAUGGGGAAGAUCACAAUGGCAGCGGAGAUCCCCAUUCCAGGAAGGGAAAACAAGUGAGGUACGAAGACACAUGCAUGAGUAAAACAGGAGAGAGUGAAAUGGCAGACCAUGCGGGUGGCGAAGUUGUUAGCAGGGAAGGGGAGAUGGAAGAGGAAAAAAGAGAAGAUGCAGAGGAUUUGGAGGAGGAUGAAUACUGGGACGAUGAUGAGGAUGGAGAAGAGAGUUUAGAUGAUGAUACAGAUGCGCAGGAGGAAAGUGAAGAGGACGAAAACGACGAUGAGGAGGUGGAGGAGGAUGAAAGCUUGGAUGAUAAUACGGAGGAGCAAGAUGAAGAAGACAAAGAAGAGGAAGAAGGCGAAGAGGAGGAAGAAGGCGAAGAGGAGGAAGAAGGCGAAGAGGAAGAAGACGAAGAGGACGCAAGCACGGAAAUUACACAUAGAAAAAAAUUCAACACACCUGCGGAAAGUGAAGACAACUUCGGAGACUCGCAACAGAGCGAACGUGAGAUGCUGGAAGCAACGCCAUGUGGUCAUACAGAGAGAACAUGCAGCAAAAUAAAAAUACUGAACGAUGCAGAAACGACCAUAAAGAGUUUCUCCUCAGAUACCUAUAAAAAAAUAUUAAGCGACAAUAUGGACGCCCUCGUGGACAAAAUAAAAAAAAUCGAUUACGACUACGUGUCUUACUUUGAGAAAAAAUUAAAAAGUUAA